AUGAAUGUUCAAGAUCUCUGUUGUCAAACAAUAUCGAAAGUUAAAUCAAAUUUUACGCAGACAUAUGAAAGAGCUGAACAAAAGAUUGUCUUUUUUGAGAUAAAUCAAAAUCCAAUUGAAUUGAAUUUGAUUGUAGAUGAAAUGAAUCAGAAUCAUAAUAUCUGUGCUUUUUAUUCUUGUUUAAAUCAAAUACAUUUUCUAUUAAAAUCUGAAACAUGGUGUGGAACAUUAACAUCAACAACUAAUAUUCAAACAAAUCAACAAUCUCUCUAUUUAAAAAAUUAUGAUACUAAUAAAUUUUAUCUCAUACGUUUAAUGUAUGAUUCAAGAAUAUGGAUACAAAAUAAAGAUGAAUAUCAUGUUCAUGAAUUACAAGAGUAUAACAAUCGUUUGAUUAUAUUAGAAAAAGAUUAUGAAUAUUAUUAUCUAAUAAUAAUUCCAGAUGAAAAAGAUGAUGUUUUUAUUGUACGUAAUUUAACUAUUAUUAAUGAAAAUUCAUUAGAUUUAUAUGUAAAAGGAAAACAUGAUUUAUUAUACAAUAUUAUAAUUGAAAAAAAUAUAAUUAAUAAACAAUUAUUUAUUUGUCAACAAUUUCAUAUGUCAAAAUUGAAAUAUCUUGUUCAUUCAUUUCAAAUUAUAAAUAAUAAUAAAAUAUCAUUUUUAGCUUAUGAUAUUGAAAAUUCAUCAAUAUUUAUAUUUAAUAAUAUAUUUUCUAUAAUUACAUUUUUAAAUGAUGGUAUUGAAAAUAUUUAUGAAUUAAUUAGUAAUAAUAAAUCAUCUUUUAUUACAAAUAUAGAUAAAAUUAAUGAUAAAUUAAUUGAAAUUAAAACAACAAAUGGUAUAUUUCAUUAUCAAGUAGAGUAUAAUUCAAUGAAAUGGUUUAAUAAUCUUGAAAAUCGACAAGUGAAUAAAUUGAAAAUAAAUAAUUAUGGAUAUUUUACUGAUUUUAUUCUAUCAAUUAAUAAAUUAUAUUUACUCUUCUUUAAUGAAAUAAGUCAACAGUUAACUGUACUUUAUAUAAAUAAUUAUUUUUCAAAAAAUAUUUUACCAUUAUUAAUUAUUAAUUUACCAUUUCAUUUAUUAUUAGAAGAUUCUAAUGGAAAUUAUUAUCGAAUUUUUGAUAUUUUAACAUUAUCAUCAAACGAUAAUAAUACAAUAUAUUUUUUAUUACUUAAUGAAAUGAAUCAACAAUUUUUAAAAGUAUCAAUGAUUAAUGGGAAUGAUACUUGUAUAGAAACAAUUAUUUGUAAUAAUGAGAAAAUUAAACUUCAAUUAUCAUUUGUAUCUUGUUCAAGAUCAUUGUCAUUGUUUGAAAUGUCAUGUGACGUUGAAGAAGAAGAAGAAGAAGAGAUAAUGACUAAAGAAAAUUCAGAUAAUACAAACUCAAAUUCAUUACAUCUCAUAAGUAUUGAUGAUAAUACUAUGAAAUUAUGA